UAACGGUAUUUUACAUGAGAUCAGAUAUACUUUAGCUACUCUAUUUAUAAACAUUUCCGGGGAAAAGAUACAAAUUGAGUGAGAUAUGAUUUCAUAGAUGCUUUAUAUCAUCACAAGAUGGCCAGAGAACUGUGGACAUUAUAUUCAGUUGUUUUCAUCAUUUGUUCUGCUUUGAUCAUAAAAUCAACCACGGCACAGUUUCCAAACUUCGACAUCCAAGCUAACGACAGCCUGUUAACCGCUGGUGACACAGUGAUCAUCGACUGUUUGCUCUACAAUGCCUCUGUGCUCGAUAUCAUGAAUGACUACGAUAUCGCGUGGUUUAAAGAUGAAAUCAAACUCACACAAGCAUACACGAGACUGAGGAAUGACGUCAUCAACGACCAACGAUACUCCAUCAGCAUAGAAGUCAAAUUAAACAUAGGAACUGUGUCUACCAUGCAAAUCACAAGUAUCACUACAGAAGAUGAAGGCGUUUUCACUUGUGAACUUACUAACAGAAUGAACGUUAAACAGAGGAAAUCGAUAUCCAUAAGCGUUGAAGAUCCAGAAGAUCGAACCAUAGCAACUGAUAUCAAAUCCGUUAUUUCUGAUCCAUCAUUCAACCAUAACAAAAGAUUGUUCACAAAAUGGACGGAUGCUGAAGAAGGCGAUAACUUAUCAAACACACCAUCAAUCAACAUUUUUACCAAUUCGACGACUGAUAUUGUCAAAUUUAGUGAGGAUGUAAGGGACAACAAUCUUACAUAUCCAACAGACAGCAACAUUUCACCUCCAACAGACAGCAGCAUUACAACUCCAGCAAACAGCAACAUUACAUAUCCAGCAGAAAGCAACACUUCAACUCCAACAGACGGCAACAUUACCACUCCAGCAAACAGCAACAUUACAUAUCCAGCAGACAGCAACAUUUCAACUCCAGCAGACGGCAACAGUACUACACCUUUGUUGUUUUUUACUGAAAACAUUUUAGAAAACACGUCCGCGUCAACAGGGAUAGAGAAAAGAGAAGACGACAAAGUUGGUCUCAUUGCAGGAAUCACCGUGCUUGUGGUUGUGCUUGUCCUCUUUCUUGUUCUGAUGUCAAUAUACUAUGCCAGAAGAAGAAACAUCUUAAAUUGUAAAAGUUGCUACGAUAAAGCAAGAGGCACAAACAGAAAGUAUGACGUCACACCAAGAGAAAAUAUUCAUGGAUAUGAAAACGUUUUGCCGAAAGUUUAUCAUGACGUUUACGUGGAUCCGGCAUCAGAGAUUGAAACCAAACCCAGGAGGCGACCUUACGAAGAUGCAAACGACAGAACCUUUCUAAAUGAGUACGAGGUCAACGAACAUAUACGUAGGGGAAGUUCCGACGGUAUAAUUGGUAGGACCGAUACGUUGGAAAAAGUAGAACUACUGGCUCUGCAUCCUAACACCAGCGAUCAAAAUUUGUUGGAUGCGUAUCGUAACGCCAGUGAAGACACCUCCGAUGGUAAUCUGGAUCCGGUACCAGAGUUUAAAAUCAAACCCAAGAGGCGACCUUACGAAGAUGCAAACGACAGGACCUUUCUAAAUGAGUACGAGAUCAACAAACAUAUACGCGGGGGGAGUUCCGAUGGUGGAAAUGAUAGGACGGACACGCUGGGAAAAAUGGAACUGCCGCAUGUGCAUCAUAACACCAGCAAUCAAACUUUGUUCCCUGAUUCUCACAACACCAGUGACGACACUUCCAAUGUAACAUAUGAAUUGAAAAAGAAAACCAGUCCCUACGAGUCAUGCAACAGUAUGAAUUUCCUGAAAGAUUUUGCAUAAUACUUUUUUAGCUAUAUGAUAAAAAUUUGUUAAUGUGUUUUAGAAUGAGAAAUGAAAGAAACGCUUAUAUCAUUUGUGCUUUAUGUUUACGAAAUAAAAGAAAAUGUAUUCAUGUAA